AUGCCUCGAAAAUUGAGGGCGGCCGCUCAGGCGGCAGCCAAGUCUAUGAAAAAUGUGCCUACGCUUCCUGAGGUCUCGGACGACGACAUGAUUGAUGCGCCCCCAUCAGAGCCAUCAUCGCCAGCAGUGGAAGACCAUGGUUCUCCCGAUGAAGAGGACGUUGAUCCUGAAGCCGAUGCAAAUCCCGAGCCUGAAGCCGACGCCGAUACUGCGCCGGAAGGCGAUGCGGCAGAAACCCCGGCGGAAUCCAAGCAGGAUGAAGAUACAGCUGGCGCCACACCCGCUGCCGACGAAAGCACCGUCCUUGAUGGCGAGAGUCCCGCAUUGGGACGUCCAUCCAUCCCCCGAAAACGCCGCAUCGGCCGUCCACCCAAGUACCCCCGUCCUGAACCCGAGGACGGCGCCGAAUCACCUCUUCGAGUCACUACACCUAUCAAGCGAAAACGAGGCCGUCCAGCUGCUAGUGGCGGUCGUUGGGCGCGCGGCCGUGGUCCCGCUCAAAACCCGCAGGUUCCGAUCGACAAGGAAGGAAACAUGAUGGACGUGAUUGGUGAUGAAGUCGCGCUUCCCCCGAAUCCAAUCGGUGACACCAAGGUCGAUGGCGAUGGUCAUCUACUCGGAGGUCGCGAAUACCGUGUCCGCACCUUCACAAUUCUGAACCGCGACAAUAAGCUUUACAUGCUCUCGACCGAGCCAGCUCGAUGCAUUGGUUUCCGUGACUCGUAUCUCUUUUUCCAGAAGCACAAAAUGCUUUACAAGAUCAUUAUCGACGAUGAUGCGAAGCGCGACCUGAUCGAGCGUGAUAUUAUCCCUCACUCGUACAAGGGUCGAGCCAUUGGUGUGGUUACCGCGCGCUCCGUGUUCCGCGAGUUCGGUGCAAAGAUCGUUGUCGGCGGCAAGAAGAUCACCGAUGACUACGACGAACAGGCUGCCCGUGAGCGCGGUGAUGUGGAAGGUGAAUUGGCUGUUCCCGAGGAUAAGCUCCCGGGCCCUGGGGAGGAAUACAACCGCAACCAGUACGUCGCCUGGCAUGGUGCGAGUGCUGUUUACCAUACCGGAGCACCCUCUGUUCCAAUGGUGGGUGGGAAACCUGUGGAUCCCAAGAAGCGACGUGUGCCUGUCACAGAUGACAACUGGAUGCUCGAACACGCUCGGGCUGCAAGCACUUUCAACGCAAAACUUGCCGAGAUGCGUCGAUCCACUAUGAACGGCGUGUACGAGGUACACACCAACAUCAUGCACUAUCCACAAAUCAUGCAGCCGACACACUGCCGCAUCGAGCGCGUGCCACCCCCAGAUAUCACCAGCACCGCCGAGCUGAUGACAGAUAUGUCCACGCUCACGCUCGCCAAUCAAAACCCCACAAACCGCGAUACCACCCCGAACGAGUCUAACGAAACCAACGAACCCACGACGCCGAGGAACCUCAAGCCCGACGACCGAAAAGAGCAACCGCAAGAUCAAGUACCGAUCUUCCCUCCCGUUCCCGCACACAUUUCAAACCGCUACUACGUUCAGGACAUCGUCUACGAGGCCCCGCCCCAUUCGAACAUGGGUAUUCCAGGUCCGGACGGCGACCUGCGCAAUCUCCAGCCAAACGGCCUGGUCAGCAUUGCGGAUCCCGCCCACCCUGAAUUCAUGACGCCCGACAUCCUCGCCCUCCUCCCGGACGAGUGCAAGGAAUCUCUUCUAGACGCUGCAACCCGCGAGGUGGACUGGAAGAGAAAAUGGUCGACUGAAGCGACAGAUACCUACCGCUCACUUCCGGACAAGAGUUACGCUUGGUAUCCUUAG